CUCCUUGAUGCGAGCUAUAAAGCCAGCCUUGCCGACAUCCGACAGCUUUAAGUCACAUUCUGCCACGAUACUGGAAGCAACAAAAUUAUUUAUUAUUUGAACCUCAAGAUUCUUUAAAAUUUAAGAUUUCAAGGAUGCUCGCUGAUCUAAAGCGAAAAUAUGAGGAGAGGUGGAAUUAUCCUCCAAAGUUGCCGCCUCCAAAGGUGAAGUAUGUGGCCUGCGGAAAGGUUCCCUUUUACGGACACAACGAUCGACCAGUAUACAAGCCGUGCUGGCAACAUCCGCUCAGCCUUCCAAACUCAGCGCGCUUCGGAGUUUGCUGGGAGUACCCGCCCGAGCGGUACAAGCGUCGACCGCUUCCGCCUCCCUGUCGGGGAUCAAUCGUUCCCGUUCAUUUGCUGAAGCCCACCUUCAAGCAGUGCGAGAACAUCUACACAAGGUAUGAUUCCAAACUCGAACAGUGCGUACACGAGCAAAUCCUGGUGGUCGAUCAGCAUUUAAAGAGGCUGAAGAAGCAGUUGGCGAAGGCCAAGCCUUUGCAGAUCGAAAAAGUAAAGGAGAUGCGGUACCACGGAGUUCGCUACCGCAUUUUGGGCGGCGCCACCGGAUGCACAAAGAUUUAUCCUGAAUACAUAAGCCGGAUGACCGAGGAGCGGGAGCUCUGCGAAUUUCAACGGGCCUACAAUCUUGUCAAUGAGUCGAAUUCUGAACUGACCAAAUCCUUUCUGGACAUGCGUGAGGCAAAAAAAGAACUAGAUCUGCGUCUGACCAGGCUGGACCGAUCCCUGAACAGUCCCUUCUUGGGGGAUCUGGACGCUGUGCUGCAGACGAUAGAGGACCUCAACACCUACUUCUUUGGCGUGAUCGUGAAGCUAAAGACAUGGGCGGAGCUAAUGGACCCGAUGAAGGAGUACUCCAUUGAGGAUUAUCUGGCCCUGCUGAGCCAGGAGAGCGACUUCAAGAGCUUUAUGAGGGCCGGCAUGGAUAACUGCACUUGCAAGCGAUGCGACAAGAAGGAUCCUCUGAAGCCGUAUCUGCCAUGUUGGUGCCAGGGCUCUGAAUCUAGCGAAGGUAAUACAAAACUCAAAAAAUUCGAUGAUGAUUGCCCCAAAAACUGCGAAGUCCAACAAAGCGAUAGUGACUUCACCGAGCCCAGUGAUACCUCCUUGUUGGUCAAGGCGGCGGCUGAAAAGGCCAGGAUUGCAGAGGAGCAGUCGGAGUAAUGCACCUCUUCAUAAUACCUUGAAAUUAUUUUGUUGAACAAUAAAGUUAAACCCACCUUUC